CUUUCAUUCUUCAUAUUAUUUAUACACUUUUCUUCUUGUAUUCCCUUCUCCAUACUCCACACAUAGGACCAAUGAAUAAUAUUAUGAAGUAUAAUCAUGUCCUCACCAAUCUUGCUUUAUCAUCUCUUCUCCCUCUCCUUGCUUUCCUCUUCAUGAUUAAGCCCACCCCUCCCUUCCUUUCCAAUCUUGUCAUCUUUCGCGACUCCAUCGGCUGUCAUCACCAUCACCAUCAUCACCACCACCACCAUCAUCGCCGUCAUCAUAAAAACGCAGCCGACGAAGAAGACCAAGCAGCCAUAAGUUCCAUUUGUGAUACCUUCCCGAUCACCCUCCUCCCACCAGAAACCCCCAACACUUCUGUAUUUUGUGUUGAUCGAAACGGUUGUUGCAACUUCACGACUGUUCAAGCGGCAGUCGACGCUGUGCCGAUCUUGAGCUUCAAACGAAACAUAAUUUGGAUCAACAUUGGAAUUUACUAUGAGAAAGUGAUAGUUCCAAAAUCUAAAGCUAAUGUGACAUUUCAAGGACAAGGGUAUACAACAACUGCCAUUGUUUGGAAUGACACUGCCAAUUCUUCCCAUGGCACCUUUUAUAGUGGCUCUGUUCAAGUCUUCUCUUCCAAUUUUAUUGCCAAGAAUAUUAGCUUCAUGAAUGUGGCGCCAAUUCCAGGCCCGGGCGACGUCGGAGCACAGGCGGUGGCGAUUAGAAUCGGAGGAGACCAGGCCGCGUUUUGGAGCUGCGGAUUCUUCGGUGCUCAAGACACUCUCCACGACGACCGUGGCCGCCAUUACUUCAAAGAUUGCUACAUCCAAGGCUCCAUCGAUUUCAUCUUCGGCAAUGGAAGAUCCUUCUACGAGAGUUGCCAGUUGAUUUCGAUGGCGAAUCCGGUUCCGCAAGGAUCGAAGUUUGUGAACGGAGCGGUGACGGCGCACGGCAGAGCCUCCGCUGACGAGAACUCUGGAUUUGUUUUUGUUAAUUGCAGCAUCGGCGGGACGGGCAGAGUGUGGCUCGGCCGCGCGUGGCGUCCGUUCUCUCGCGUCGUCUUUGCUAACACUGUCAUGACGGAUAUUAUUGCGCCGGAGGGUUGGAAUGACUUUAAUGACCCUGCAAGGGACCAGACAAUCUUCUAUGGAGAGUACAACUGCAAUGGAGCAGGAGCCAAUAUGAGCUCAAGGGCUCCCUUUGUUCAGAGGCUUAAUGAUACUCAAGCUUCCCCUUUCCUCAACUUAUCCUUCAUUGAUGCUGACCAAUGGCUCCAACCUUAUGCAUUCUUUUAACUCAACAUCCCUAUUCUCCUUAUUUAAUUCACUCCUUUUUUUCAAUACUAUAUAUUCUUUUCAUUCUCACCCCAUCUAAUUAUUAAAUCUCAAUUCUAUUUUAAAACUUUGCUCUCUACAUUCAUCUAUAUCUACUUCCUAAAACUUAUGUUUUAAUUAGUGUUUUGGUAAAUUUUGGAUUGUAUUGUGAUUCCAUUUAGUUUGUAUGUCAUUUGUACGUUAGUGAAAAA